AAGAGUAAAAGGAGGAGGAGGAGGAGGGAAGGAUGCUCUUAGCAGGUACCGGAUCCUGAGAGAGACGAGAACAAGAGAAGCAGACGGAGGACGAGGAUGGAGCAGAGCUCUCGCUGAACCUUCAGCCACAUCCACACGUACAGACGUUUAAUAUCAGGUGUGUACUGCUCUGUGUGUUUAGACUGUGUGUGUGUGUGUGUGUAUCUGCUACACGAUGCUGUGCUGUGCUGUUCUGGCGGUGCUGCUCAUCCUGGCCCCGCUGGGUCCCGCUUACAGUCGGAGUCUGCGCACCCCCGACCGCGCCAUGCAGGUCAUUGGUCAGAUGCUGGAGCGCUACAACGACAUCCUGGCACUAGACGACAUCGCCAACCUCACCGACGACCAAUCGGAGGAGCCGGGGCAGGCGUCUAGCGCCGGGUUAAGACCCGCAGAGAACCCCAAGUGGAUCGACAUCCCCGAGCAGAACGAAAACUCCUGGGUCCGGAUCCUCAAGGGGGUUCUGGCCAAUCAGAAGCGAGCCCUGUCGGAUCGCUCCCGGAGGGGCUGGAACCGCGGCUGCUUCGGCCUGAAACUGGAUCGGAUCGGAUCUAUGAGCGGCCUGGGCUGCUAGUGACUGAGAGAGAGAGACGGGUGACUUCUGUUCCACAGGGUUCAGGCGAGACGAUGGAUCUAGACUAGUGUUCACGUUUACCACGCCUGUGUGAUGUGAUGUACUGUAAUGAACUGGGUUUACUGGUUUACUGGUUCUGUAGCAUCGUAGCUCUGUUUCCACCGUGACUGUAGAGAGUGAGAGUCGUGUUUGGUUGUGUUCUUGUAUUUCUACAGAAUUUUACGUGUAUUAGAUUAAAAUAAAACCGUCUGAUUAUAUUUUACUGUCAUAUCCACUGGAGUUAAAGUAAACUGUACGAGGCUGUCGGUGUUUUUGCAGGUUUGCAUGCUUUAGAAGGAAAACUAACGUGGUUCACAUAAAUGUUUGUGUAUAUUUGGCAUGAAUAAACCUUCUGAAAAUCA